GAUAUCCUUCUCAAUCUUCAUUGAAACUUAGAAAUAAUUGGAAUCUAGCGACCAAAGCGAUGCUGCAGAGAGGUAGAGUACUAGGAGAGUUCUGAUCUCUCUCUCUCUCUCUCUCUCUCUCUAUUCAGAUAGAAGCAGCAGAAGCCAUGGUUUCUUCUUCCUCACUGUCUCAUCGAUCGGAUUCGCCAUCUUAGCCACAGCAGCGGCGCGAUUUCGGGAUCGCCUCCGCCUUAAGCACCAGAUGAGGGACCAAAAAAUCAUUCCAAAAUUGCAGAAAUCAGGUUCCAGACACAUAGAUGGCCUUGAACGUUUCCCUGACUAUGUAGCUAGACAAUUAGGAAUUGAAGAUCCAAGUAAGUGUCCUCAGCUCUGUAAGUUAGCUAAUGAUUAUCUGAAGAAAACUGAAGGUUGUGAGGAGAACAUCUAUGAGUACUUCUCUAAUGACCCAGAAGCUAAAUCCCUAUUCAUUAAACUCAUUGAGGAGCUUGAUAGAUGCAUCCUUUGUUACUUUUCUUUCCAUUGGACCCAAGCUUCUAAUAUGAUCAGUCAGGUAUUAAGGGAUGAUUCUGGAUCAACAAAGAAGCUGAAGAACAUUGUAAUGGCUGCCACUAGGAAGCAGAGAUUUGAGAAGGUGACCAAGGACUUGAAGAUGACCGGAUUGUUCUCUACACUGGUGACGGAGAUGAAAGCAAUUAGCAUCCCAUCAAAUGAAGAUUCCCAAUGCACAGAUGUGAUGGUGCCAGCGUCUGUUGGUGAGAGGAGCCCUGUACUCCUCUUUAUGGGUGGGGGAAUGGGAGCUGGCAAGAGCACUGUCCUUAGAAGCUUACUCAAAGAUUCCUUCUGGGCAGCAGUAGCUGAGAAAGCGGUUGUAGUUGAGGCCGAUGCGUUCAAAGAGACCGAUGUCAUUUACAGAGCCCUCAGCUCUAGAGGCCAUCACCACGACAUGCUGCAAACGGCUGAACUGGUACACCAAUCAUCCACUGAUGCUGCAUCAUCCCUCCUGGUAACAGCGCUCAACGAAGGGCGUGAUGUGAUCAUGGAUGGUACUCUCUCAUGGGAACCUUUCGUUGAACAGACAAUCACAAUGGCCAGGAAUGUUCAUCAUCACCGCUACCGCAUGGGUAUUGGAUACAAAGUUGCUGACAAUGGAACUGUAACUGAAAACUAUUGGGAACAAGUAGAAGAUGCUGAUGAAAAAAAGCAAGAAGACAAAGAAGCAGCACCGAAGAGAAUACCAUACAGGAUAGAACUAGUUGGAGUGGUGUGCGAUCCUCAUCUAGCCGUUGUUAGAGGCAUCAGGAGAGCUAUUCAAAUGGGAAGAGCUGUGAGGGUGAAAUCCCAGUUGAAGUCCCACAAGAGAUUUGCAAAUGGAUUUUCCAGGUACUGUCAAUUAGUUGAUGGUGCCAGGCUAUAUUGUACUAACACUAUGGGAGGCCCACCUAAGUUGAUAGCAUGGAAAGAAGGAGAGAACAAUUUGCUGGUUGAUCAACAAGAAAUACACUGUUUAAAGAGAGUAAGCAUGUUGAAUGAAGAUGCAGAAUCCAUAUAUGAACUUUAUACAGAAUUGGACAUGACAAGCAAGUCUGGCUUGAUCUGGGAAGACAUCAUCAUAUUGUCGCCUUCUUUGACAACUUGUUCUCAACAGGAACUAAAGAUUGCCAUCCAGAAAGCUGAAAAUCAGACAUAAUUAAUCUCACCAGUGCCGGGAACUGUAGUUUCAAAUCCUCUAAUUCGUGGUCCAUUCACGUACUCUAGAACAAAGACACUUAUGUAUUGCAGGACCAUAUGCUUAAUGAAACUAUCUAUGGAGAAUUUGGAAAUUAAAA